AUGUCCGCUCUUGGGACCUUCGCCCGAAGGUUUUUCUCAGCGCCGGCGACCGCUUCUGCACUGACGAAGAGGAAACGAUUUUACAAAGUGAAAAAUAAAUUUCAUGAAGUUCACAAUAUAGAUUUCCUGCAGAACGUUUUGGUGGUCGAUGAGAAAGUCAAUGAUAAGCAGAUCUACAAAGUCGCCUUGGACAACCGUAUCCUGAAAACGCAGGCCGGCCAAGUUCUGCAGGUUUAGAUUGAUUUUUUGUAACAAGUUGCAGUAAAAAUAUUUAUUUAUUGAAGGAUUGCCUGAUUUUUGAAAAAUUGUACCGGUUUGAUAUAGGCUUUUCUGAGAUCAGUCGUUAUUAUAUCUUCUUCUGAUUAUGAGUGACUUCGCAAUUGCUCAGUUUCGUAUUUCAGCUCGAUAUUCUGAAAAAAAGCUGUUAUUUUUUUAAAAAAAUGUUAAUAGUUUAAAUUCAAUGAAAAAAAUGGAGUCUUUUUCCGAGCUCAUUAAUUUUAUUAAUUCAGAAAAUCAAAAAAAUUAUAGAUCAGGAGUAGAGUCAAAGGUCAAGAUGUUCAUUAUUUUUCAGAAAUCCUUUCUCAAAUUUUUUUGAAGCUUUUUAACAAUAUCAAAAAAAGUAUUGAAAAAAAUGCAUAAAUUGAAAAAAAUAAAUAUUUUUUUAAAACCUUUUUUUACUGGUUUUUUUGAAUUCGUUAUAUCACAACUGGGCAGGGAAUUUAUUUCGUUUUGCGAAUUUCUUAAGUUUAAAACUUCUUUCCUAGCCCAAACGGCUCUGAAUUUGACUAUUCGUGCUUCGAAAUCCUACCAACUAGGGUUAAAACUUAUAAUGAUAAAUCAGUACCUUCAUUGACGCAACCGAAGCCCGAGACUGUAGAGAAGACCUGCGGGAAGACAGGCGAGAGAUCAAAGUAGAGUCGAAUUUGCGACACAGAAAGUAGAGGCCAGAUAGUAGCUUCAAACAAGGCAAAAUACGUUUCAAAAUGUUGUUAUUUUUCGACCAAUCAAUUAUUCCAUCUUAUUGGAUAAAUGUUUUUCAAAUCAUAAACAAAUCCAACUGUCAUUUUUUCUAUUGAUGAAAUUCACAAGGUAAUGAAUUUACUUACAAGUAUGAACAAUCCAACGGCGAGGACAUGAAGUCCGAUAUUAUGCAGACUCAUGAGAAAAAGUGAAACUUUCGAAUGGCAGAAAAGGUAGUCGAGAAGGCGGAGUGCACCUUUUUCCCUUUGCUAUCGCUCCCUCUAUGACUCCAAUCAAUAAUUCAUUGUUUACAUAAACAUAUGUGUAGGUUGACUCUGAAAAAGUGGAGUUUUUAGUUAAGAAAAGCUGUAGUUUUAGUCAUUCUCAUAGUAUUUCAAUACUUGGAACGAGGUGUAAAAAAAGUUAAUCAUAUGAAAAUUCAAAUUUUGACAGAUGUGAGUUUUGUUUGAAUGAAGGAGUAUUGUUAGGAAAUAACAAAAAAAUAAAAAAAAUAAAAUGAAUCGGCUAUGUUUCACAUUUCACAAUAGGCUUCAAACUCAAUAAGUCUUGAACUUAUUACAGUUGGAAUCGAAGCCCUUGGCGCUGGCGAUCGCUCAGGAAUGGGCUUCCCAGGAAGAAUUCUUGAGGUUGGGCCAAUUGAGACUGACUGGCCUCGCCUUCACCGCCCAAGACAAUCCGCUCGAACAGACGACGUUAGAUUUUUCUCAGAACUCAUCCCAAGAAAAAUUUCAGCGAUUCCAUCUGCAAAAAGAUCCUGGAGUACGUCGAAGGCGACACGAUUCUCUUCUGGAACCCCGAAAACGAAAAGUUACACAGGUCUUGGAAAAAAGUUUUCAGGAAUCUUCAAAUAAGUAGUUCAGGUACCAAACUGAACUUUGGAGGCCUCUCAUCGGUAAUAUCAAUAAGGAUCUGAACCUGAGGAUCAAAGCGAGUGAAUCAAUCUUAGGUGAGACUUUUGAAAAAUAAAAAAAAAGCGAUUUGAGACUUCAGAUUGUGAUGUCGUGUCGGAAAAUGACAGAUUUAAGUUAGAUAAAUGGAUCAGACAGCACAAUUUCCCGUCGUUGAUUGCCCUACAAUAUGCCACAGAAUCGGUAGCUUGUGAUGAUUAACACCUUAUCUUUGCGGAUAUUGCAGGUGAAAUCAUUUUUGAUCACCUACAACGCUCUGGGAUUCCACAUCGACGCUGAACAGGCCGUCAAAGCCGCCACUCUGGAGCAACAGACCCAGGCCGAGACUUGGGGAAAUGUCCGUUCUCUCUGACUGUUUUACAACUGAUAUUCUGGUAGAUGAUCAAACUUUCAAUCAAAACGGAAAUCAUAGUAUCUCUAUCACAAGCUGAACUUGUAACUAAUAAGCUUCACAAAAUGGGUUUUUACAUAAUUUUUAGGUCUAAAAUCUUCAACUUUUUUUUAGCUUUCUUUUUAAUGGAAAAAUAUACAAACCUGAGCCUUAUUUUGCAGCUUCUCACGAGAAUUUCGCGUGACUAAAAGUUUAUUUGAGUAACUUUUGGUGGAUUUGAACUUUCAAGGAUCUAAUUAUGAUUACCACUUUUCGACAAGAUGCCCCUGAACAGUACUGAAAUUCGUUUUAAUUUUCUGAACUUAAAAAUACGGAGCUUGAAAAUUUUAGACUUAUCCUUUCAACAGAACGCAGACAAGUCAGCAAAAUUUUUGAAGAAUUUUUACUUUAAAACCAUUUUUCGCUAUCAAUUUUGAAAUUUUUGUCAAUGAGCUUUACAGUUUCAAAAUAUUUAAGGUGGAAUGGGCACACGAUGUCGAACGAGCAGAGCUUCUUUCCCGCCUUUCUUCAGCCGCCCUUUUCUUUUAUUACAACUCGAAUCGGCUCACCCAGAAACUUGAAUAG